AUGGAGGCGCCAUCUCCAUGCAAACUAUCCACCUGCACUACCCUCCGCAUUCUCACCCUGUCCCUGUCCCUCCUUACAUUCCUAACCUCCACACCGGCCCAUGCCGCGGAAUCGGCUAUCACAGUUACACAACAGCAUGAGCUUGCAGUCGCACCCCGCGCAACAAAACCCUUCUUGUUACGCGUCAUGCCCCUCGGCGCCUCCAUCACCGUCGGCUACCGCUCCUCCGACGGAAACGGGUACCGCAAGCCCCUGCGCGAGCAGCUGCGGUAUGCCGGGUGGGAGGUCGACAUGGUGGGCGGGUUGGCGAAUGGGACGAUGAAGGAUAAUGUAGCCCCCCAUUCCUUUCCACUUCCAGACAAGACCAAUAGUGCUUUGGUACGGCAGACUCAAAACGAAGGCCACUUCGGCGACACAAUCGACCACAUCGCCGAAGCGGCGGUGAAUUCCACGCGGAUGCAGCCGAACGUGAUCCUGAUCAACGCCGGCACAAACGACUGCAUCCAAAACGUCAACAUCCGCGACGCAGACACACGCCUGGACGCCCUAAUAACGCACCUCUUCUCCUCCAUCCCAAACACAACAAUCAUCCUCUCGACCCUGCUCCCCAACGACUUCGCCAGCGCCGCCGUGCACCGCGUCAGCCAAGAAUACCGGAACCUGGUCGCGCGGCGCCGCAACGCCGGGGACCGCCUGGUCCUCGCGGAAAUGGCCUACUUCAUCACGGCCGACCAGCUGGUUGACGGGACGCAUCCGAGUGAUCGGGGGUAUCGCGAGAUGGCGAGUGUUUGGUGGGCUGCGAUCCGCACGGCGGAGGAGGAGGGGAAACUGAGCGAGCCGAAUGGGGUUGCGGGGGCGGUGCUGAAGGAUCUGGUGGGGAGGAAUGGGACGGCGGCGAGUGAGGGGCGCGGGUUGGAUGAUGGGCCCGUUGAGGAUCCUGGGUUGCCGGUUUAUAGGGCGCCGGCGCAGUUGGGGGGUGAUGGGGGUGGGGAUUCAGGGGCGAUGAGGGCUGGCGAUGGUGUGGGAGGGUGGGUGUGGGGGGUGCUUUGGGGAUGGAGUUUGGUAAUGUGUUGGAUGAGUUGA